GCAAGCUGCUUCUCUGGUUGGAACUCUUCCGCUCUUGGCGCAACCGCCCCGUGAGCUUUUCACCUGCUUUCAAGUGAUCGAGGAACGUGAGUGUGAACUUUAAGACUGCGGCAUAGCUCUUUUACGCAGAACAGUUGCUGACGAGUUUGAACUGGCUACCGGUCGUUCCUCCGAUCCAAAGAGCGUGGCCCAUAUCAACUUGUAAGCUAUCCACGUCUGGCAAGGCUCGCGCAAGGGUCAUAAACACCACGCAGGACUCAAGCACGGCCAGAAGCGAGAAGUGGCCUUCUUCAAACGCCGCGUACAACACCACUCUACUGGAGUAGUCCCCUGUACUGCACUGCAGAGAAGCCAUCAAGAUGCUACGCGCCAUUCUGCUCCUCCUGAUUGCUGUGUCCGUAGCACAAGCCCAGAUAGCCAGAACGUAUCGUUGGAGACCAAGACAAUGGAGUACUUGCAGUGGGUCGUGCGGUGGAAAGGGCUUUCAGCAGCGCCAGGUCGAAUGUAUUGAAAUGCUCACUGGAGAGCUGGUGGAGGCACGGUUCUGCCAAAGCCGCCGCGUGAUGAAGCCGGCCACAUCGCAGGCAUGCGGAUUUUUGGACUGCCCGGUGACCGUGACGUCACGGCCAGGCCCCUGCUCCAGGUCGUGUGGCAGUGGCAUUCUCCUCCCGGUGACCACGUGCAAGCAAGUGAUGGCCAACGGCACGGAGGUGACGCUGACGCAGACGCAGUGCGAUGCGCACGACUCCGGCGCCUUCUCCAACCUGGAGAUCUGCAACCCGCAGGCGUGCCCGCCCGAGUACGUCAUCUCCCCAUGGCAGCCGUGCUCUAAAACAUGCGGAACAGGUACCCAGCGCCGUAAGGUCGCAUGUCAGGUGGUACGCAAUGGACGCGAACGCAAGCUAUCACUGCACCGCUGUCGUCACCAUUACAAGAAGAGAGAGCCAACAGUGAGGAAGUGCAUCAAUGAACACCCGUGCCCUGACAACUUCUACUGGAAAUCGCAAGACUGGUCGCCGUGUCUGGUGACUUGCCAGCAGCAUCGCAAGGUACGCUGCUUCUCCGACAAGGACAACGCAUACGUUGAAGAGACACUCUGCCAGCACUUCAACCGACCCGUUGAACUGCAGCGCUGUAUCAACUCCGGCAUCUACGCCUGGCGUGUGGACAAGUGGGGAGAGUGCUCUAAGACGUGUGGCGGCGGGUAUCGCAUGCGUCAGGUGUACUGCGUCAACGCGUUCAACAACCAGCCGGCCCGCAGCUGCCCGCUAUGCUUGAAGCCCAAGGACAGCAUAGCGUGUUCUCAGCUCCCCUGCCCGGACUCGGCCGGAGCGCAAGGGCCGUCGCAGUGUCGGGAGGAACCGCGAUACUGCAGGACGCUCAAAAGGAUGUCCCUGUGCCAACUGGAUGAGAGCCGCCAGUGCUGCGACUCGUGUCCACCAGAAGUCUGGGAGGCGCACGACGCGCAGUCCAAGCAAGCCUCGUAACCAUGCCGACGAUGAGGCAUUGGAGUGAUUGUUGCCGUCUUUUCAGUGACUCUUGACGUCAUUAGAGUGAUUGCUGACGUCAUUGGAGUGAUCGUUGACGUCAUUUUCGUUCAAAUGAGUGCAUAUGUCAGUGAGCCCAGCGAUUGUGUCUCUGCCACCGUUGGUCUCGCGGUUCUACCAGAGACAACUCUCUAAGUCUGUUCUAUACCUCAUACCAUGCCUGGACCAUGCCAGUCCACUAUACUUCUCUCUCUGUGACCUUAUACUAUAUAGCGCAUGCUAAUCUUAUAAUACUACCCGUAAUAUUUACCUUAUUUGGCCAUGUAUCGACGUCUGACGGCAUGUACUCCCAAGGUAUUGUUGGAUCUUAUCUGGAUCGUCGAAUUCAACUUUGUCAGAGUUGUGGUAACAGACGCAGUCCAGUCUUUGCGCCAUUCUCUUCAAGUUCGUGCUUGUUGAAGAGUCGGCAUCCACCCGAUGUUUUGCCGCAGACCUGGAGCGCAUGCCCUCGUCACUGAACAAUUCAAACAGUCCACUGACUGCACAUGUGCAUGUCCUCUUUCGACACGAACUUGGCCCGCAAUGCACACAAGUGAACUUCUGCCUCCGAUGAUAAUGUGGUCAUAAUAAUGCAUGUCCACCGUUGAUACCGUUCUUUUAGUUUUGAACAACAGCUCUGCCAAACUCCCUACGCGAAUAUGAUGUCGGAAAGGCCACUGAUCAAACUGCAUUCGUCACACAAAUCUCCUUUAUUAGCCAUUGUGUAUCCGAUUAGUUUAAUGUCUUUCGGAUUUUCUUUGCUUUCGUAUUCUAAACGUUCCAUAAAUGCAAGUCUCUACAUGUAUGUCAUCAAGCUCAAGUCGUGUUGCAUCUUCAUGUACUUGUAGAUAAAGAAAUUGAUGUCACUAA